AUGGGGUCUUUCACAGCGAUCGGCGGCCUCAAGGCUGGAGAGAAGAGCGUUACGGCCUUCGAGUCGGAGGACUGUGCCACCGCCCUGGCUGUCGCUAAAUUCAAGGCCUUCGCGAAGCCCGGAGGGUCGAGCUACGUGGUGAACGACCGCAUCGACGAUGACGCCACCCUCCGCAACCGCUUCCACCGGGCCGGCGUCCGCUACCGAACCUUCCCGAUCCGCGAGGGAGAGGCCUACCUAGUCCCCUCGGGCUGCCUCCACGAGUUCAUGAACGUGAUCCCUUGCCUGAGCGUGGCGUGGAACAUCAUGCCCCACCCGGCCAACUGCGAGGUGGCGAUGCGGAUGGCGGAGGCCAGCGUCGAGGAGGCCCAGGCGGAGCUCGGCGUGAACACCGACAGGUCCGCAAGCGCCAUCGAGCACGCUCCCCCGGAGAGCAUGCGGGAGCGCCACGCGGCAUGGGUGAUCAAGACCGCCCUGGAGCGGGGAAUCCUCUUGCGCCGCCGGUGGGCCUCCGACCCCGACUCCCGCUCCGGCGGUAGCAGCGGGGGUGGCCGCGAGUGCGGUCCUAGCCGUCCGCCCACCGCGGAGUCCAACAAGGCGGCGGCGGAGACGGCCGCGAGGCACAAGCUCCCCGCCGACAUGUGGAAGAAGUUCCUAUUCAUGCGGCCGAGCGAGCACUACUACGAUGGGCACGUAGGUAGCGCUACUUCGCAGAAGGCGGCGUUCGUACCGGCGGCGGCUGCUGCUGCUCGGGCAGCGCCGGGGGGCACCAGAGUGGCGAUAGUAGGCGCUCGAAGGAUGUCGGCGGGUGCCCGAGCGGCGGAGAAGAAGACGACCGCCAGACGGACGGGCACGGAGAAGCCUCGGUAUUGGAGGGAGCCAAUCCGAUCGGGUGCGUCUGCCGUUCCGUCGUUGGCCGUGGUUGCUGAUGGUGGCAGCGGCAGCGGUGGCAGCGAAGGUGCUGCCGCCAAGCGUGCAAACGGGACUGUCCGAGCGAGCUCGUCGUCCUUUCGAUCCUCGGUGGUGGCACCCGGCACUGAUGGCGGCGGCAGCAGCGGCGGCGACGAUGCUACUGCCAAGCGCAUAAAAGGGACGGUACGAGCGAGCUCGUCGUCGGUUACAUCCUCAGUCGUGGCACGCGGCACUGAAGGCGGCAGCGGCAGCGGCGGCGGCAGCGGUGGCGGCGGCGCUACAGUCACGGUUGUGAAGAAGCGAGGGCGGGGCAGGCCGCGUAAGGUGAAGCCGGUACAAAAAGCGCAAUCGGCGAAGGAGGAGGAGGCGGCGCAACCUCGCCUGGGUUCGACGUCAGACGACCCCUCAGUGGAUGAGGUGAGGGCGCGCGAAGAGACGGACAAGGUCGAGCGUCCGGUGAUAGGGACGUCCGCGUCAGAAGACAAGUCGGCGCCGCCGGAUGCUGCGCCAAUGCGCCCGGCAUCGGAGGCGGCCGCAUCGAUGGAGGACACAGCGGGUGGAAAGUUGCGUGGCCAGGCGUCCGCGUCGGACGACACGUCGGCGGUUGGAAAGGCAGGAAUGGCUACUUGCCAGGUGGUGGGGGCUUCCCCGUCAAACGGCGGUGUCUCGGCACCACGGUUGGAGGAGGAGGAGGAGGAGGAGGAGGAGGAGACGUCGCGUCAGGUAGCACCGGGGGCCAUAUCGAAGGGCUUCUCGGCAAAGGCCAGGGUGCGCCGAAAGGGGCAUGGUUCAAAGCAGGGGGAUAACCCAAAGAGCCGGGUAGCCAAGGCAACCCCUUCAAAGGAUGUCUCGGCACCGCCGCAGGUCGCGGCGCCAAGGUCGAGGGAGGAAAAGGAGACACCGCGUGAGCUAGUGCUCGAGGGCCCAUUGCCGCGGGCCAAGGUGUGUCAGAAGGAAGAUGAUCAAAAGCGGGCGGAUGACCCAGAGCACCGGGUAGCCGAGACACCCGUUUCAAUGGAUGUCUCGGCACCGCCAAAGGCGACUGCACCGCGGCCGGAGGAGGAGGCGACGCCGCUUGAGGUAGUGCCCGAGCCCGCCUCGAAGGCCGCCUCGCCGACGCGAGGGGCCAGGGUGCGUCGAAAGGGGGAUAAUCCUAGGCGUCGUGUAGACGGCGUGUUCGUGUCAAAGAGUCUCUCGGCAACGCCGGGGGCGGCGGCGCCGCAGUCGGGGGAGGAGACGCCGCGUGAGGUAGCACCGGUGGCCGCAUCGUCGGUCACCUCGCCGGAGGCCAGGGUGCGCCGAAAGGGGGAUAACCCUAGGCGUUGGGUAGCAGGGGCGGCCGCAUCAAAGAACGUCACCUCUGUGCCGCCGGAGCCGUCGUGUAAGCCGCACCUGGUCAGGACGCCCAAGUCCUCGGACACGGGUGCACCAUCAUCAUCAUCGAGGCUGCCCGCGCCGAUGUCUCCGCUGCUCCCCUCGGCGGUCUCAUCGGCGAUGCCGGGACCAAGCUUUGAUCCCCGGGUAAGCGCAACGAGGGCGGCUGCGCCGGCGGUGGCACCGCUGGUGAGUCCGCAGAUGGCAGCGCCGUCCCCGAUCUCGUUCGGCCAAGUCAUGCCGCACGCCCGUCGCGAGAUGUCACCCAGUCUGUCCCUCUUGGGCCUACCACCCCCCGAUGAUGCGUCGCCACCGCAGUGUCCGACCCUGCCUGUGGGCCACGACGAUGGAGUCUACCUGGACGUACCCAUGGCGAUGACGGCCUUCCAUAAGCUACCCUUCGCUGGUGACAUGGCACCCAGCCCCCACCAGGCGUUUUACGGCACGAUGGGCUCCGUCGGGUUUACCGCGGAUAGCCCUCAGGCUCACGGCCCGCUAGAGAGCUACGGGGGCUCGUCCCCGCCGCCUCACGGGUUCCUUGGCCCGGGGCCGCCGCCGCUGGGGGGACGAUCGGCAGACGCUGUCGGGAGUUGCGACGACCGCUUUGUUGCCCUAGCGGGGAUGGGCGGAAGUGGUGGUGGAGCCAGGUUUGACGGCGGUGGUGAUGGGGGCUGGUGUGGCGGACGUGGCGAUGGAGCCAGGGAUGACGAAGGUGGUGAUGAUCGCGUCGGGUAUGGUGCAGGUGGAGGCAGCUUUGGUGCCGGUGGCCAUUGCGCGAGCUUAAACGGCGGUGGUGAUGGAGCCGGAUUUGGCGCAGGUGGCCGUAGCGGUGGACUUGGCAGCGACACCCUUGACGUUGACGACGGCGGCGACGGCUUCGGGAAGGCGGUCGGCGUUAGGGCAAACGUGCGCACCAUGGGCGCCGGCACAGGGAGGAGCACCGUGGGCGGGCAUGAUUCUGACGAGGGCAUCGAGAGAGGAGAGUUGUCUCCUUUGAGGCCGAUCAGACGCCGCAGGAACAACACCGGAGUACGAAGCGCAGGAGGAAGCACGGGGGGGGGCACUCACGGCCAACCCGCCAGCGUAGUUGCCGGCGCCGACGCCGGACUGGAGACAGCGGCGACGACCGGUUUGCGGGAGGGAGGCGUCCCCACAAGCUCGGGGCCACCGUGGACUCCCUCCUCCGCCACCGAAGGUAGUGGUAGGUGUGAAGAAGGCGGAGCGUCAGAAAGCACUUGCCCUGGUAUCGGCAGUCGGAAUGAGGGCGGACCGAGUGGGGCCGGGGCGGUGGCCGGUGAGGGCGGCCAGCGAGACCGCAGCAGCAUCGUCAGCAGCAGCAGCAGCAGCAGCAGCGACGAUGCAGCCACCGCCGUGUCUUCUUCGUCUCCCGACAUGGAAGGCGGACACCGGACCAGCGGCCGCGCCAGCAUGCCCGGUGGCGGUGCCAGAAGCUCCCAAGUUGGUGACGACGGCAGUGGCGGCGCUUCUCUCCUUUCGUCUGCUCCUUCGCCCUCAGUGCGGGGGGAGCGAAAGCGUACCGGCGAAAAGAAGAGGCCCGAGCGAAAAAGCUCAGGCGGCGACGGCGGGAGGCCGGAGGUGGCUGUCGGCGGUGUCGGCACCGUUGCCGGCGGCAGCGCGAGCGCCUGUCCUGACGGGGCAGGGAGCAGCCAUGGCAGAAGUGGUGGUGCCAACCAGUGCGCUGAUGACGCCGAGGACAGCACAGGACGCCGGGUUAGACGGCAGGCGGCGGUGGUGGCCGGAGGCGGCGGUGGUGGCAGCGAGUGCGCCAACAAGCGCAGCGAAUCGAGUUCGAAUCACCGUGGCGGUAUCGGACUUGAAGAAGACCAGGGGCAUGGCGACGGCAAGCCAUCGCAGCCGCUCCCUCAGCCGCAGGAGGAGAGGCGUCACGGCGGGGGUGUCCCUCCGUCGCCCGGCGGCGGCGGUGGCGACGGCAGCGCACGUGCUACCAGCUCAACGGGCGUUGAUCCCACGGGCGGUGGUUGGUGCGGAUGGGUCCCAAACACCGUGAUCCUGAAGAAGACGACUCGAGAGGCACCGGUUCUCUGCCCUGCCAAUGGGGGCGGGGGGGGGUCGUUUUCAUCGCCGGGUAGCCGGAGUUCUGGUAGCGGCGGUGUCGGCGGCGUCGGUGAUGUUGGCGGAGGAAGCGGAGACAGGAAGCCACGACCGCGAUUUUUCGCGGAUGUGCUGAAGUGUCGCGCGAGCGUAAGCAGCGGCAGCGCCUCGAACGGCAGCCCUCGACCCCGGGCGGAAGGCGAGCAGAGCGCGUCGCGGCCAAGCUCGAAAGGCGAGAAGCAACGCGACGCUGGGAGCGCGGCCGCUAUUGCGAAGCCGGACGCGUGUUCGCGGCAGGAGGCUUCUACGGCCACGCCCAACCACGACGGCAGCGCAAGGCAAACCCGUGCGGGAGGCAAUCCAAGGUUGAGCUCGAGAGGCGACGAACGCCGCGGUGGCGAUAACGCCGCCGGCCGUGCACGGCAAGACAGCCACCAUGGUCCGGGCCUCGCCCGCGCUAGCCGUUCCUCCGGAUACGACGACGUGGGUGGUGCGCGACGGCGGCGGUCGUCCUCGGGGGGCGACAGCGGCCACCGGGGGUAUUGCCGGGACGAUAGCAGGGAUCGGCAGGGCAAUGGAGGCCGGGACCGGGGGAAGGGCCAGCGCCCGAGCGCGAGGCGCGGAGACGAAAAGCCCAGGCGGCCGCCUGAUUCUCGUGCGAACGCGGAGGAACAGCGUCAAGGUGGAGCGCGCAAGGGCGGUUGUGGCGGUGGUCGGGGUGAACGCCGAAAGGGCCAUACCGGCAGGGAUGGAACCUUGUCCUUGUCCUUGUCUUCGUCUUCGAUGAGGAAGCGACGGCCCGACAGCUGCGAGGGGCGCAGCCAGAGCCGGGGCGGUGAUGGCGGUAGGCUACGCGCCGGCUACGCGACACGCUCCCCGCCCCGGCGACGGCUUGGCAGCACCGGUAGCCUCCGGGACGAGAACCAGAGGGAUCGCCGGCGAAGCGCUCAGAAGAAGGACUUGCUACGCUACGGGCCCGGCUGUGAGCGCGACAGGCCGCGCAUACGGGGGUGGCAGGACGGUAGCCGCGAUCGGGACGGCGGCAGCCGUGGAGGCCGAAACAACCGCGACGGCCGCCGUUCACGGUCCCCCUCCUGCACCCGAAAGAAACCGGACGCCAUCAGGCCUGACCGUCGGCAGCGACCGGGUCAGGCGGGCGUCUCGCUCUCGGUCUCGCGACCGCCGUCGUCGCGGACAUGGGUCGAGGUCGCGGGGCAGCUCGAAGAAGUCUUCCUGCAGCUCCCGGAGCCGCGGCAAUCGACGACGGCGGUCACGGACACGGUCACCAGCGCGGGCAUGUUCACGGACGCGAGCACGUUCACGAUCAUGGUCAUGUUCACGGUCGCGGACACGGUCAUGGUCAUCGCGCUCACGGACGCCGGCACGCUCCCAAACACGGACACCGGCACGCUCCCAAACACGCAAACCGGCACAGUCAUGGUCCCGAUCGCGCUCGCGGACACCGGCACGGACACGGACACGAAAACGGGCACUGUCGCGGUCGGGGUCAAGGUCACGCUCAAGGACACCGUCAAAGACACGGACACCUGGUCAGUCAAAGUCACCGACGCCGGCACGGGCACGAUCAAGGUCCCGGUCUACGUCUUCCCGAAGCGAGACGGACAGGCCACCGUUCCCGCCGUCGUCCCCUGGCUCAUCUGAGCGUCGUCGCGAUUCAUCUCCGUUGUCGCUUGACCAAGCAGC